CUGUCUUGCGGACGAGUAACAGACAGGCUUUCACCGUCUGUCUCACGACCAUAUUAUCCACCCACAGAGUCCAGACUGCCCUACCCGUCGGCUGACCCUACCACGCCGCACCAGUGUUAUGCUUCGCUACAAGGACAUGGUCUGAAAGCAGCAGCAGAACAGCGAGAUCUCACAUCUCAAUCCCAGCCCGCCACCUACCACCCACCACGCGCUGUCCCGUUAUUUACUCCACCUCUGCGCCCAGCCAGCGAAAGCACAGCUGGGUUCUUCCCGGUCUGCCCGCCGGGCGCUACUCUCUCACCGAACGCGUUCAACCAGUCUCGCCGAGCCACGGAGCUGCUCUCUUGA